CAGCAACACUUUAUAGAGUGUGAGAGAGAAUUCUUUCUUCUUCAAUCACCAUUUUCCAGUUUUAGAGAGAGAGAGAGAGAGUUGGUGUUAGGUUUGUGGUGGAAGGAAAUAGGAAGAGGGUGUGUUUGAUGUGGUUGUUAUUAUUGGCUUUGAAGUAGUGGGAACAAAGAGAAACAGCUCCAUUAUAAUAUUACACAGUUUUCUCUUUCAUUUCAAUGCUGGGGGCUUGGUAACUGGAAGUGUUGGUGUGAUGUUAUGUGAUAUUGUGACAUGGAGAGGGUUGCUGAGCCGAAGUUACUUCCACGGAACUUGCCUAUCCUUGUUGAGGUAUCGAAAGCACACACAUCUGCUGCAAGAGAGCCGGGUCAGAGACAUAAUCGGCAGGAGGUUUCUGGUGCUGCUGGGAUUUCACUCAGAGAAGUGAAUCAAUUGUCCAAAACAAGGGAUGUGCAUGUCCCUCUUUCACAUCUGGCCUCAAUUAGAGAAGUGGCCCAGUUAACCAAUGCACGAAUAUAUUUGGUACAAGAAGAUAUGGGAUUUGAUGGUCGAUCCUCUGAGGAGUCCCUCACCUUUGAGCCCACCAUGACAUGGAAGGGAAAGGGCUCCUCGCCAGAAGCUGAGGAGUUUGUGCCUGAUGGUGAUACAUUGAAGGAAAGCAGCUAUUCAUUUGAGGAUGGUGGUCCAAGUUUAUUUGCUGGUGCUAGUCAUCCCCCUGAGCCUGUUGAUACAGAUCUUAUGAGAACCGUUUAUGUACCGAUAGGUCAAAACAAAUCGGAGGCUGGUUGCUUGAUCAAGAGCCUGCCCACAAAGGGCCCUUUUUUGGAAGAUCUCUCAAUUCGUGUUCCUGCAAAGAAACCAAAUCCAGCUGUUCUUACCCCUGAGCAAAGUCUGGUUGAAGAAAUAAAUGGCAUAGGGAACUUGGCAUUUCUGGGUCCUCGGGCAUCACAGAAUACUGAGAACUCUCUCCUACCUCCUGAUGCUGAGGAAAAAGAAUGUGUUUGGGACGCUUCUUUGCCUCCAAGUGGCAAUGUCAGUCCACUCAGCAGUAUUGAUAGUACUGGUGUUGUCACUGCGAUGAGCAUUGUUAAUAGUUGUGCUAGUACAUAUCGGAGUGAUGCAAUGACUAGUGAUGGCAUGCUUAGUUUAGAUAGAAACUGUGAUAGUACUAAAGGGAGUGUAAGGGGGGAUUCACUGGAGAGUGCAAAAACUAGUGCUAGCCGGGCAAGUGAUAGCAGUGGCCUCAGCGAUGACAGCAACUGGAGCAACAUAACUGGUAGUGCCAAUAAGCCUCACAAAGGAAAUGAUCCUAGGUGGAAGGCUAUUCUUGCCAUCCGAUUGCGGGAUGGAAUUCUGGGCAUGAGUCAUUUUAGAUUACUCAAACGUCUAGGAUGUGGUGACAUUGGAAGUGUAUAUCUUUCAGAACUGAGUGGAACUCGGUGUUAUUUUGCAAUGAAAGUUAUGGAUAAGGCAUCCCUUGCAAGCAGAAAGAAGCUGACUAGAGCACAGACAGAGAGGGAGAUAUUGCAGUUGCUGGACCAUCCAUUUCUACCAACUUUGUAUACUCAUUUUGAGACUGACAGAUUCUCGUGUUUGGUGAUGGAAUAUUGUCCAGGCGGUGAUCUGCACACUUUAAGGCAGCGGCAACCUGGGAAACAUUUCUCAGAAUAUGCAGCACGCUUUUAUGCUGCGGAGGUCUUGCUUGCUCUUGAAUAUCUUCACAUGCUUGGAGUGGUUUACAGAGACCUUAAACCCGAAAAUGUGUUGGUUCGAGAUGAUGGUCACAUUAUGCUAUCAGAUUUUGAUCUUUCCCUCAGAUGUGCCGUGUCACCUACUCUUAUUAGAUCAUCCUAUGACGGCGAUCCUUCUAAACGGGCUGGUGGUGCAUUUUGUGUGCAACCUGCAUGCAUUGAGCCAUCAUCAGUGUGCAUCCAACCUGCAUGUUUUAUUCCUCGGUUGUUUCCUCAGAAAAACAAGAAGCUAAGGAAGCCAAGAGCUGAUCCUGGAUUGCCAUCCAGCACCCUUCCAGAGCUUGUUGCGGAGCCUACUGCAGCUCGAUCCAUGUCCUUUGUUGGCACUCAUGAGUACCUUGCCCCAGAAAUUAUCAAAGGAGAAGGUCAUGGAAGUGCAGUUGAUUGGUGGACUUUUGGAAUUUUCUUGCAUGAGCUGUUAUAUGGUAAAACCCCUUUCAAAGGGUCAGGAAACCGUGCUACACUUUUCAAUGUAGUAGGCCAGCAGCUCAGGUUUCCCGAAUCACCUGCAACCAGUUAUGCCAGCAGGGAUCUGAUCCGUGGCUUGCUAGUGAAGGAGCCACAGCAUCGUCUAGGGGUUAAAAGGGGUGCAACAGAGAUCAAGCAGCACCCAUUCUUUGAAGGCGUGAACUGGGCAUUGAUUAGGUGUAGCACUCCGCCAGAAGUGCCGAGACCGGUGGAAAAUGAACUACCAGGGAAGGUUGGACCAGCUGAUAAUGCUGUUGGGCUUGGCAGCACUAGUAAGAGGAUAGUUGGUACUACUACUGACAACAUGAAGUCUGGGGGUAAAUAUCUGGACUUUGAGUUCUUUUAGUUCGGAUUCCUCAAUCUGCUUUUUAUUGUAUUCUCAAUUCUUAGUCAUUUCCAUGGGUGCUGCCCAGCAUUACCAUGUUAUUUCAGCUUACCUUUGGUUCCUUGUAGUAAAAGUCCAUUUCAGUUGGAAAUAUGAUACCCCAAGUUUAGAUUAGGUUCUUCACUAGUUCGCCUUGUCUGAUCCCUCAAUUCUUAUGCAUAAUCCAUAAUGUAGUGUUUCUAUACAGAAUUUAAAUACUUAUGAAAAUUUAUAAUCCUUUUCA